AGUACCUGGUCUAGCGCACAUGCGCAACAUGUCAGCCCCCAUAUGAACGUCUUACUGUUAUUAUCAUCAGGUUCUAUCAUUUAACAUGCGUCUAUUACUUAUUAUCUCGUGCAACAGAUCUGACGCCACAAUAACGAGCUCUUACCAAAGCAACAUGGCAUUGAAACACAAGGUUUAAGUCACCAAGACAGGUAUUGUUUGUUUAUGUUUAUGUUUAAGUCAGACAGGCUUUAGAGAGAUGGCUUUCCGAGCAGCUUUCAGCUUGCUGUCCACCCUGCGACGUCCUGUCGCGGUUCUGAGGUCUCUGAAGCAGCCUGGCCGAAAGCGGCCGGCUCAUUAUGGGAUGCAGCUCCGGCCGCUGCACGGCACUGCCCCCCGCUGGUCGGCCCGGCUGCUGACCGCUGAGGAGAUGUUCGGCAGGAGGUCGAUGCAGGACUAUCUGAAGAAGCUGGAGAGGGAGUAUGAGGAGAGUUUGCAGAAAGCCAACAGCAGCGAGUCAGGAGAAGGCCUGGAGGAAGAGCAGCUGAGAGCCAUCCGGACCAGAAUCCACCGGAUGGCUCCUCUGGUCCAGAGCCUCCGAGAGCUGGAGACCAACGAGGCGGAGCUGAGGGAGGCAGAGGCCCUCCUGACAGACGAUGACCCGGAGAUGAGGGAGCUCGCUGCCCUCGACAUCCAACAUGGCCGCCAACACGUCCAGGCUCUACAACACAUGAUCAUGGAGCUGAUCGUCCCUGAUGAGGAGGUCGAUCUCUGUGACCUGGUCCUGGAGGUCACGGCAGGGGUCGGAGGUCAGGAAGCCAUGUUGUUCACAGCUGAGGUGUUUGAGAUGUACCAUGGCCUCAGCAGACACCUGGGCUGGAGCUUCGAGGUCCUGGAGUACAUGAGCAACGACCUAGGGGGUCUCCGGAGGGGCUGUGCUGGUAUCAGCGGUCCCUGCCGCUACAAGAGGAUGAAGUUCGAGGCAGGGGUCCACCGCGUGCAGAGGGUCCGAACGGAGAAACAGGGACGCACACACACCAGCACCAUGACUGUGGCCAUCCUCCCCCACCCCACACAGUACUGGAUCAAUGAGUUCACCUCCUCCCUCGGUAUCGGUGUCUUCCACUCUGGGAUCGAGGUCUACGGCCGAGAUUACUCCGGGAGACGCAACAGAGCUCGGUGA